UCCGCCCCUGCUGGACUUCCGCAUUGUCAUCCUUCCUCGUCAUCCUUCCACCGGUGCUGCAGGUUCAGGACGUGAGUGGUGAAGCCAGCUCUCGGUGCCAUGAAUGUGAGGAAAGUGGAAAAGACAGUUCUGAGUGUGGAGCAGGCAGAGGGAGUCGGUGCUCGUGUCCGCAGGAGCAUCGGCAGAAUGGAGCUGAGGAACCUGGAUCCCUUCCUGAUGCUGGACGAGUUCAGAGUGAGCAAGCCGGCAGGUUUUCCAGAUCAUCCUCACCGAGGAUUUGAAACAGUAACAUAUGUUUUAGAGGGGAUCACGGCCCAUGAAGACUUCUGUGGCCAUUCUGGAAAGCUGAAACCUGGAGAUCUGCAAUGGAUGACUGCAGGACGGGGGGUGGUCCAUGCUGAAAUGCCUGUAUCGGAGGAGCCGGUGGUGGGCUUACAGCUGUGGGUGAACCUGCCGAGGCGAGACAAGAUGGUGGAACCAGCGUACCAGGAGCUCAAAGGCUCCGAGAUUCCCAAACGCAGCCAGGGAGGCGUCACAGUCGCUGUUAUAUCUGGAAAGGCUUUAGGAGCAAAGCUACAUCUUUUGGCCAAACCAGGAAGAAGAGCUGACGCAGGAGAGCAGUCAAAGGUUUUCACAAGGACACCAACCCUGUAUCUGGACUUCAAGCUGCAGGCAGGGGCCCUGCAUGUGCAGCCAGUCCCUUCAGGAUGGACUACAUUCAUCUACACAUUAUCAGGAUCCAUUAACGUUGGCCCAGACCAGGAGCGGCAGGAGGUGGCGUCCCAUCACACGGUGGUGUUCGGAGACGGAGACUUAGUCAAGGUUGAAAACAAGUGCUCUGAACUUUCUCAUUUUGUGCUGAUCGCCGGAGAACCAAUCAAAGAGCCUGUGGUACAACGCGGUCCAUUUGUCAUGACGACAGAGGAGGAGAUCAGUCAGGCGAUCAGAGACUACCAGAGCGGCAGAAAUGGUUUUGAAAGAGCCGUAAAUUGGAGAUCCAGGAUCAGAGACUCUUUCUAAAGCAGUGGUGGAGAACCUUGAGCCUCUGGGCCAUUCCAGUCUGAGACAAUACAACUCAGAAAUAUAUUUGAUUUGAACAAAUAAUAUAAAAAUAAGUGUUUCAGAAACAAAUGACCAACUAUACCUUUAAAGGUUCUGUGUGUAGAAUUUAGUGACAUCUAGUGGGUAAGUUGCAUUUUGCAGCUGAAUUCAUCUCACCCUCCCCUUCCAAACAUGUAAGAGAACCUGUGGUAGACUUCAAUUUUCAUACAAACUCAAAAUGUGUUUAGUUUUUUAUCCAGUGUGGGCUACUGUAAAAAACAUAGCGACCUCCGCAGAGAGGACCUGCUCCUGAUGUAAAUAUAAAGUAUUUAAAUGGAAAUGGACCAUUCUCGGGUAAAGAAAACGUACAAUUUAGAUGAAACACACUCGUGAAAACAUCACUUGGAUUUUUUUAUGUUACAUUUUCGCUAAUAGAUCCCUUUCACCUAAAUCUUACACACUGGACCUUUAAACCUCUGCCCACAGAAUUGGGGGCCGCCCCUACAGCUAUCAAACAUGUUUAAAAUCGGGAUGAUUACAUCAGUACUUUUCAAGAAGAACCAAUCAGAGGCGAGUGCGGUGUUGAGUUGGAGCAAAGGCUUGUCAAUAUGUGUCAAGAGCAAGAUUCCCUGAACAGCGUGUUACACAACACUAAUCCCAACCAGCUAGUUAUUAGCAUUACAAGCUAACAUACUACUGUUGACAUUAAACUGACCAAAAAUAUAAAUGGAGCGCAUUGUCCGCGACUGCACUACGUUUUUCUCAUCCAGACACGUUUCUUCUGCCUUUGGUCUAUAUAAUGCACACUUCACAUCUUGUAGUGUGUGCAUGUUUGAGAUUAGAGAGAAAAUCUGCGAAGCUUCUCCUCGAGUGCUCGAUGCAACUUGAUUUCAAAAUCAGUCUCAGGAUGUGUUCUGAGCUCAGCUUUAAGUUCUCACUCUACAGAGAGAUUGGUGCCCAACAAGGUAAACAAGCAGGUUUACUGUUGAGUGAGAUAACGGCCAAGAACCCUUGUUAAGAAGGAGAAAUUGUGAAGCCUUGUCUGGUUGUGACUGCGCGGCUGCUUGCACCAGACAAAGUAAAAUGUUCCAACUCUGCAAGAACAAAAGCCAGAAGAUCUGAAUGUGCUGUUGAGUGCAAAAAACUCCUCCAGGCAUUUGGCGAGAGGAUUCAGGAACUGAGCGUAUUUUCUGAAUUGUUUAAUGUGGAACCUGCUGAUGUGCCUACAACAUGAAAUCAUCGAGGGGCAAAGUACAAUAACGUCCCUCUGCUUGAAUUCUAUAAACUGUACGUACAUCAUAAAAAUACAGUAAAUUACAUUUAUUAAAAUAUGAACCAUAGAAUAAAAGCAGUGUGUAAAUUGACAUAGCAGGAAACUAACAUUUUUUUCUAGGAUUAUUAAAUUGUUCAAGGGUCUUGCAUGAUGGAUUACAUUGAAUUCAAUGUAGAAAAUACAAAAAUUACACUACUGUUGAAUGUAUUUAUGUCUGUGUUUUAAAAUAAUCUCUGUUUAAUAACUAAUUUUAUACAGUAAAUUGACACUAAGUGGCAACUUUUGCUGCCAGACUUCACCAUUUUUUCACAGUAGAUUGUACAGUGUACUGUCUGUGUUUGGUAAUUUAGUGUGGCCCUCGAAGUACCACUGAAAUUGUACUUGACAGGAAAAGAUUCCCCACUUCUCUUCUAAAACCUCCUGUUGCCUCUGAUAAAACUGUCUUUCUUGUAAUGUAUUAAUGGAGAUGUUCGAUGUUGGAACACUGAACGAUGGAAACCUAUUUCUUUUAGAAUAUGUGUUUUCAGGACAUUUAGAAUUUUGCAGCGUCUAUUUUAACUUGUUACAGCUGAGUGCUUCAUGUGGGAGUGAAUGACAUGUCCUAUUGUUGGCACAGUAGUUGUUUACCCCCUCUACCUUGUAAAAUAUAGAUUUUAGGGAAAAUGUGCCCCUACCUGCUCUCUCUCCACUUCCCUUGUUAAAUUUAAUUUUUAUUACAGUUUCCUUCUCCUGUUUGAAAUAACACUGUUGCAUCGCUGUUAUGAAAUUUGGAAUAGUUGCUUGUACACAAUGUAAUGAAGAUAAUUAAAAUACACAUACUG